AUGUCAUCCUCCUCACCCUCCAAACCCCAGUUUCUCAUCGACCUAGAUAGAGAUGGCUACGUCGUAGUCCCCUCCGUAGUCCCACCCUCAGUCUGCGCCUCCUUCGUCGAAUCCGCCUGGUCAUGGCUCGAAUCGUUCCCAACCAACAACUUCUCCCGUACAGACCGCAGCACCUGGAAAGCGUCGCAUCUGCCAUCCGACCACUCCAAAGGCCUGUAUAACCGGUACUCCGUCAACCACGAAGCCUUUGUCUGGAACAUCCGUACCCAGCCAGGCAUUCUCGAGACAUUUUCGCAGAUCUGGGGAACAGAUGAUCUCAUCGCGUCGUUUGAUGGACUCAAUAUCAGUCUACCUGUGCAUCCCGAACAUGGACGCACAGAUGUGGAAGAGACGAAGCCGUGGGAACAUAUCGAUCAAGAUCCUCGAACGAUUUCCGAGUGCAAAUUAUAUCAAGGCAUCGCAAACCUCGCCGACAACGGGCCCUCGGAUGGAGGACUCGUCGUGCUCGCGGGAAGUCAUAAACUCCAUCAACGCCAUUUCGACGCGGUCAAUGGAGGAAAGUUCCGGCCCGAAUGUGAUUUGGGUGAAGGCGAGAAUGGAUAUAACUUCAAUCCCGAAGAUGCCGCGUGGUAUCGAGAGGUAGCAGGGUGUCCGGAGGUGAAAGUAUGCGCCAAAGCGGGAGAUUUGAUUCUGUGGGAUAGUCGGACGAUACAUUGGAACACGAAUCCCAAGGGGGAGCGGACGCGGUUUGCGACCUACGUGUGUUACUGUCCGAGGAGUUUUAUGACCGAGGAGGAGUUGGAGAAGAAGAGGGAAAUUUUCGAGCAGAGAAAGGGAACGACGCACUGGCCGAACAUGAAUAUCGUUCCAGCAGAUAAGGUCGACUAUUAUGAUGCCAAGCCGAGACGGCCAGACGGUUCCUUGGACCCAGCGGAUCGUACUCGACCGUUUCAUGAGCCAGAGGUGACUCCCGAAGUGUUGAGGCUGGUCGGUGUGCGUGGCUAG